AAUAAUCAUUUUCAUUUUUAAUCCCCUUUUUAUUUCAAGCAAAAUCAAGAUAACAAACUAGGGUUUCGAAUUUUAAAUAAAAGUAAAAACAUAUCCGUCGGAAAAUGGAUACAUCAACGGAAAAGAGACCGGAAUCCGAUAAGAACUCACAAUCGGAAUACGAUUCAUCUGAAGAUCGUGAACGUCAAUCGCGUGAACUUAAAGCUGGCUUACAUCCUCUCAAGAACAAGUUUGUGUUUUGGUACACACGUCGCACACCUGGCGUCCGGACCCAGACAUCAUAUGAAGACAAUAUAAAGCAGUUAAUGGACUUUAGCACGGUUGAAGGUUUUUGGGUGUGUUAUUGUCAUUUGGCUCGUCCAUCAUCCCUGCCUAGUCCAACUGAUUUGCAUCUAUUCAAACAAGGAAUCCGUCCAUUAUGGGAGGAUUCUGCUAAUUGCAAUGGUGGCAAGUGGAUCAUACGAUUUAAAAAGGCUGUCUCAGGACGUUUCUGGGAGGAUCUGGUUUUAGCAUUGGUAGGUGAUCAACUUGAUUACAGUGAUAAUAUAUGUGGCGUAGUGUUGAGCAUUCGCUUUAAUGAGGAUAUAUUGAGUGUAUGGAACCGCAAUGCAUCUGAUAAUCAGGCUGUGAUGGCUUUAAGAGACAAAAUCAAACGGCACUUGAAGCUUCCCCAUGGGUAUGUUAUGGAAUACAAACCACAUGACGCUUCCCUUCGUGAUAACUCGUCAUACCGCAACACUUGGUUGAGAGGAUAGAGAAGCAGCUGAGCCUCUGCUCUUGUGCUCUGCUUAUGAUGGUGGAUACUUCUGGUCCUUGUUCUGUUUCAAAAUGCUUUGGUGUAAUACUUUCUUUUGAUACCAAAGAACAUUUGGCAUGUAAUUGUCGCACCUGUGUAUUUCACCUGGCUCAUGUUUAUGGAUAUUUUAUGCAUGAUAUUAGAUCUA